CAUGAAGCUUUCUAUGCACUGUUUUUGUGCUAAUCUGAAGGCCACAUAAAGUUUGGAGGUCUUUAGCUAUUGACUAUGAAGAUAGUUGGUGACUUCUGCGCACCGUGUGCUUUAGCUUCAGUUGCUGUUGUUCCCAGUUGUUUCCGCUUUGUUAUAAUACCACUAACAGAUGACCUUGGAAUAUUUAGUAGCAAGGAAAUUUUACGGAUGGACUUAUUGCACAGGUGGCAACAUAUCACAGCACCACGCGUGAAUUCACUGAGCUUCUGAGAGUGACCAAU